AAACUCCAUGUCCUGAAUUGUUUGUUUCUCGCAGUUCGAUUUUUCACAGGAAUUAUGAGUCACUCCAUUGUUGUUAAAUGUGAAUAGUUUAUUUCAAACACUAUAAUCCGUAGUACAAUGGAGUCUCAAAUACUUACGGUUUAGGUGUAGUGUAACGUUGUGAGAAAUGGCAGGAGUUUAUACAAAUUAAAACCAGAACAUCGUAUUUCAAAUAAACAUUAUAAGGAGUUCGCUAUCUCUUAAUGUGAAAUAGUUAGUACAAUAUCAUGUGGUCCGUUUGGGUAUUGCUGUGGAAGCACAGCCUUAUGAGAAAACGGAGAUACAUUAGAACAUUUUUCGACUAUUUCUCUCCGUUGUUAUAUUUUGUGCUCAUACACCUAACUACUGGUCCAAGUUUGCUCAGAAGACAAGAUAAUGUCCAUUAUACGGAGCCAUUCAGUCUGGAGGAAUCUGGACAGCACCGAGUAAGAGUGUUGUUCACACCGGACACGGACCACACCAACCAACUCAUGGAUGAGGUUGGGGCUAAACUCAAACUUAAACGGCUGGAUCAUCUGCCGGGAAACAAAGAGUAUGGCUACUUCCCGUUCUCAAACGCGUCGGCGCUAUCAAUACUGGAAUACUCGAAGGAUAUGAACUACGAGGACGCAAUUAUCAUAUUUGAGAAUAUGGAGUCCGAAAUGUGGCCGAACAAACUGAACUACACGAUUCGGAUGAAGAACAAUUUCAGGACCAACCAGUACGAACCUGAAGACCCGUUAGAUAUGGGACACCAUGAGUACUUUGGUAUGCAGUACGAGGAGUUCAUGCGUCUGCAGUGGGCCAUAGACACCAGCUAUUUGCGUCUUUUGACCGGCGCCAAUAUAGGCCAGACCAUGGAACUCCAAGAAUUUCCCUUUGCGGCCGCCCAAUUCAACACCAACGUGGUGGCGGUGAGCCAGCUAUCGGCAUUUUUGUUGCCGUUCGCACUUACACUCACGUUCGUGUUCCUCACGGGCAGGCUUUUCGAGGAGAAAAACAGCGGCAUGCAUGAGCUGGUGAAAAUGGUAGGCGUGUCCUGGGAAGAGCUAAGCAUCUCCCACGUCCUAGACCUAGUACCCCAUCUCCUUCUCUACGCGGUGGGCGGCGCACUGUUCUACAAGAUUGACAACCUGAUACCCGUCACGUGCGGUUUCUACAUAGCACUCGCGAUGGCGCUACAUUUCUUGAUUGUGGUAGCGCUGGCGUUCGUCACAGUUUACGUGUUUAACAUGACUCAAUACCUGGAACUGAUCACCAUGUCAGUCUAUACCGCAUUCCUAGUCGCCAGUAUGUUGAGUCAGAAACUCAAGAGCCGCGCCUUGUCUCUCCUGUGCUGUCUACUGCCACAUGACCCUUUCGUGCGGUUCUGGAGGGCAAUUGGUUCUAGAGAAAUGUUCGGUGGCAGCAUAUCGAUCACAAACAUGUGGACGCGGAACGCAGCCGAACAGACCGCCGUCGCCGAACUGUAUCUAUUCAUGGUGCUACAGAUAAUCCUGCUGUCUAUGAUCGCCUGGUACCUCUCUAGAGUGCGACCGGGGAAGUACGGGCAAGCGUUACCCUGGAACUUUCCAUUUAGUAAAGAUUAUUGGUGCAUGCAGCCAAAAGUAGAGGUCGCGCCGGAAGAGACCCAGUUCGACCCAUGUGAGGCCGACCCGCGCUACUUCGAGAAGGCCCCCGCUGGCCUCCCGGUUGGCAUACAGGUCAACGAUGUCUACAAGUCGUUCGGCAAAGACCCGGCGUUGAGUGGCGUGAGUUUAACCGUGUACCGCGGCGAGAUCACCGUGCUGCUCGGCCACAACGGCGCCGGCAAGACCACCCUCAUCAACAUCAUCACCGGUCUGAUAUCCGCAUCGUCCGGCCGCGUACUAGUUGAAGGCAAGGACACAGUCAAGCAAGCAAAGGACGUCCGCAAGCUGAUCGGCCUCUGCCCGCAAGAGAACAUCUUCUUCCCGCAUCUUACGGUGCUGGAGCACGCCAUGUUCUUCGCUAUGCUCAAAGGCCAAACACGCUCUCAAGCCCGCAAGUCAGCCAUGGACCUAUUCUCGAAGCUGCAACUAUCAACCAAAGCGAACGCGUUAACGUGCGCGUUGUCGGGUGGUAUGAAGCGGCGCGCGCAGCUGGCCUGCGCGGUGGCUGGGGGCGCCCAGGUGCUAGUACUGGACGAGCCUACUAGCGGGCUCGAUGUGGAGACUCGCCGUGAGCUGUGGGACUUAUUGCUGAGUCUCCGAGGCGAGCGAACGUUACUACUAACAACGCACUUCAUGGAGGAGGCGGACGCGCUUGGUGACCGCAUUGCGGCGCUGCACCACGGCCGACUGCGCUGCCACGCCACAUCGAUGUUCCUCAAGCGAGCCAUCGGAACCGGCUACCGUCUCUCGUUCACAACAAUCGGCGCGCCCAAAGAAGCUUCCAUCACGUCAGCCAUCACCACCGUCGUGCCGGACGCGACCAUCCGCGACCGCCGUCCGAACGGCGUGUCUUACAACCUACCUGCUAAGGAUACGGCGCGUUUUCCUGAACUAUUUGCAUCGCUAGAAGACGCGCGAUCCAAGCUGCAGAUUGAUACUAUCGGCGUUGGGAAAAGCACGCUAGACGAAGUGUUUUUAGAUUUGAAGGCGGCCAUCACAUCAUGCAUUACCACCGUGCCGGACGCGACCAUCCGCGACCGUCGUCCGAACGGCGUGUCUUACAACCUACCUGCUAAAGAUACGGCGCGUUUUCCUGAACUAUUUGCAUCGCUAGAAGACGCGCGAUCCAAGCUGCAGAUUGAUACUAUCGGCGUUGGGAAAAGCACGCUAGACGAAGUGUUUUUAGAUUUGAAGGCGGCCAUCACAUCAUGCAUUACCACCGUGCCGGACGCGACCAUCCGCGACCGUCGUCCGAACGGCGUGUCUUACAACCUACCUGCUAAAGAUACGGCGCGUUUUCCUGAACUAUUUGCAUCGCUAGAAGACGCGCGAUCCAAGCUGCAGAUUGAUACUAUCGGCGUUGGGAAAAGCACGCUAGACGAAGUGUUUUUAGAUUUGAAGGUGGCCAUCACAUCAUGCAUUACCACCGUGCCGGACGCGACCAUCCGCGACCGUCGUCCGAACGGCGUGUCUUACAACCUACCUGCUAAAGAUACGGCGCGUAUUCCUGAACUCUUUGCAUCGCUAGAAGACGCGCGAUCCAAACUGCAGAUUGAUACUAUCGGCGUUGGGAAAAGCACGCUCGAUGAAGUGUUUUUAGAGCUAUGCGGCGAUGACAAACCGGCAUAUACGGAGGAGCCAGACAACACCACAACAGAGCCGGUCCACGGGACGGUGAGGGGCCCCAUGUUGUACGCGCGCCAAUUCGCGGUGUUACUGCUCAGACAGUGGCGCUACAUCACAUCUCAUAUGCUCUCUUUCUUGGGCAUCAUAGUAUUCGUGACAUUACUCCUCUGGGCGUUCACUUCCGUGGCCAACAACCACCCGUACGGCAUGAAUCCCACGGAAAAGCCGGAUGCCGGUGUGCCAAUGAGUCUAGAGCUGUAUUCUGCGCGCGAGCAACGCCGCGUGCUGGUUAACGUGGAUAAGGACACGCUCGACACGCUGCGGGCGGGCUUCAAGGGCGUGCAGUUUGAGGAGGUGCCAGAUGUCGUUGAUGGUACGUUUUUGUUUUAUUUCUCACUUUUCGUCGUCAUACAGUCGUGCCGCAUAGAGCGGCCGGACAAGCCGGACGCCGAUGUGCCGAUGAGCCUGGCGCUAUACGCGGCGCGCGCGACACGCCGCGUGCUGGUUAACGUGGAUAAGGACACGCUCGACACGCUGCGGGCGGGCUUCAAGGGCGUGCAGUUUGAGGAGUCGUCCCGCAUGGAGAGGCAGAACGCCGACGUGCCCAUGAGCCUAGAGCUGUGUUCUGCGCGCGAGCAACGCCGUGUGCUGGUUAACGUGGAUAAGGACACGCUCGACACGCUGCGGGCGGGCUUCGAGGGGGUGCAGUUCGAGGAGGUGCCAGAUGUCGUUGAUGGUACGUUUUUGUUUUAUUUCUCUCUUUUCGUCGUCAUACAGUCGUGCCGCAUAGAGCGGCCGGACAAGCCGGACGCCGAUAUGCCGAUGAGCCUGGCGCUAUACGCGGCGCGCGCGACACGCCGCGUGCUGGUUAACGUGGAUAAGGACACGCUCGACACGCUGCGGGCGGGCUUCGAGGGGGUGCAGUUCGAGGAGUCGUGCCGCAUAGAGCGGCCGGACAAGCCGGACGCCGAUGUGCCGAUGAGCCUGGCGCUAUACGCGGCGCGCGCGACACGCUGCGUGCUGGUUAACGUGGAUAAGGACACGCUCGACACGCUGCGGGCGGGCUUCAAGGGCGUGCAGUUUGAGGAGUCGUGCCGCAUAGAGCGGCCGGACAAGCCGGACGCCGAUGUGCCGAUGAGCCUGGCGCUAUACGCGGCGCGCGCGACACGCCGCGUGCUGGUUAACGUGGAUAAGGACACGCUUGACACGCUGCGGGCGGGCUUCAAGGGUGUGCAGUUUGAGGAGUCGUCCCGCAUAGAGCGGCCGGACAAGCCGGACGCCGAUGUGCCGAUGAGCCUGGCGCUAUACGCGGCGCGCGCGACACGCCGCGUGCUGGUUAACGUGGAUAAGGACACGCUUGACACGCUGCGGGCGGGCUUCAAGGGCGUGCAGUUUGAGGAGGUGCCAGAUGUCGUUGAUGCCAUAAUUCGUAUCGGCAAAGAGGACAUCACCGAGUAUAACAAGUACCUUGUCGGAAUUGAGAUCAACGACACAAAUGUUAAGGCUCUGUACACGACCACGGUCCGGCAUGCCGCCCCCGUGGCGCUGAACCUGCUCAGCAACGCGCUCAGCACUCGCCUCGUAACCGGGGCCGACGCACGCGCCAUUACUACGCGGAACCACCCGCUGCAGGGCGCUUUCGUGCCUUUCCAAGACAAAAUCAAAUUGCCCAAGCAGAAUGAACAGAAGUUUAUAUGGACCUGCAACAUCGCUAUGGCCUUGAAGCUGUUCAGCAACGCGCUCAGCACUCGCCUCGUAGCCGGGGCCGACGCACGCGCCAUUACUACGCGGAACCACCCGCUUCAGGGCGUUUUCGUGCCCUUCCAGGAUAAAAUCAAGUUACCCAAGCAGAAUGAACAGAACAACGCGCUCAGCACUCGCCUCGUAGCCGGGGCCGACGCACGCGCCAUUACUACGCGGAACCACCCGCUGCAGGGCGCUUUCGUGCCUUUCCAGGAUAAGAUCAAGCUGCCCAAGCAGAAUGAACAGAAGUUUAUAUGGACCUGCAACAUCGCUAUGGCCCUAAAGCUGUUUAGCAACGCGCUCAGCACGCGCCUCGUCGCCGGCGCCGACGCACGCGCCAUUACUACGCGGAACCACCCGCUGCAGGGCGCUUUCGUGCCUUUCCAAGACAAAAUCAAGCUGCCCAAGCAGAAUGAACAGAAGUUUAUAUGGACCUGCAACAUCGCUAUGGCGCUCAACCUGCUCAGCAACGCGCUCAGCACUCGCCUCGUAGCCGGGGCCGACGCACGCGCCAUUACUACGCGGAACCACCCGCUGCAGGGCGCUUUCGUGCCUUUCCAAGACAAAAUCAAAUUGCCCAAGCAGAAUGAACAGAAGUUUAUAUGGACCUGCAACAUCGCUAUGGCCCUGAAGCUGUUCAGCAACGCGCUCAGCACGCGCCUCGUCGCCGGCGCCGACGCACGCGCCAUUACUACGCGGAACCACCCGCUGCAGGGCGCUUUCGUGCCUUUCCAAGACAAAAUCAAGUUGCCCAAGCAGAAUGAACAGAAGUUUAUAUGGACCUGCAACAUCGCUAUGGCGCUCAACCUGCUCAGCAACGCGCUCAGCACGCGCCUCGUCGCCGGCGCCGACGCACGCGCCAUUACUACGCGGAACCACCCGCUGCAGGGCGCUUUCGUGCCUUUCCAAGACAAAAUCAAGUUGCCCAAGCAGAAUGAACAGAAGUUUAUAUGGACCUGCAACAUCGCUAUGGCGCUCAACCUGCUCAGCAACGCGCUCAGCACGCGCCUCGUCGCCGGCGCCGACGCACGCGCCAUUACUACGCGGAACCACCCGCUGCAGGGCGCUUUCGUGCCUUUCCAAGACAAAAUCAAGUUGCCCAAGCAGAAUGAACAGAAGUUUAUAUGGACCUGCAACAUCGCUAUGGCGCUCAACCUGCUCAGCAACGCGCUCAGCACGCGCCUCGUCGCCGGCGCCGACGCACGCGCCAUUACUACGCGGAACCACCCGCUGCAGGGCGCUUUCGUGCCUUUCCAAGACAAAAUCAAGUUGCCCAAGCAGAAUGAACAGAAGUUUAUAUGGACCUGCAACAUCGCUAUGGUGGUGCUGUUCUACCUGUGCACGUUCUCGAAGCUGCCGUGCUCGGAGCGUGCAUCGGGCGCGCGGCACGCGCACGUGCAGGCCGGCGCGCCGCGCGCGCUGCACUGGGCCGCCACGCUGCUCGCGCAGCUGCUGCAAGCGCUGCUAGCGUGCGUGCUGCCCGUGUGCGUGCUGGCGGCUGCGGUGGACAAGGACGGCACGUUCGACCAGCCCGGGUUCAUAUGGGCGCUCUGCGUGCUGCUAGUACUGGGCAUACUAGCGUUCCUUAGUCUAGUGUACCUGAUCAGCACAUUGCUCAGCUACACGGCCGCAUCUACAGUCCUCGUUAUCAUCGCCUUCCUAUUCAGUCAAAUAACCCCCAACAUCCCUGAAUCUACAAGCUUCUGGUACAAACUCCUCUCAGUUCCGUACGCGCUGCUCGCGCCGCACACGCUCACAGCGGGCCUGGCGCAAGUAGCCUCUGCGGCGCAAACCAACGCCCACUGCAACCUGAACAGGGACCGCUGCCCGGCGCUGGCCGGCCCUGACAACUUUGAAACGGCCAAGUGCUGUGAUUCCGCUCCCGGCUCGGAGCCGUGGAGUUACUUCGCGAUGAGAGACGCUGCCGGCUGGCCGAUGCUUAUUCUCGCCUUGCAAGCCAUAGCAUACUUUGUAUUGACGUUGCUGUCAGACAGCGGGUUCCUGGAGCUUGUAUACGCGCGUAUAGCGGCGCGGGGCGUGCGGCCGCCGCGUCGCUUCGGGGACCCCAUGGCGCGCGCGGAGACCGCCUACGUCGAGAAGGCCAUACAACUGCCUAAACAGCAGAUCACCGACUCCAUCUUGUGCCACAACGUACAAAAGUUGUACCCGGGAUGCUGUAAACGGAAGCCUUUCUUUGCUGUCAAGGGCGUCAGUUUCUCCGUCAAGAAAGGUGAAUGCUUCGGCCUACUGGGAGUGAACGGUGCGGGCAAAACGACGACGUUCAAAAUGCUGACGGGGCUGACGAGCCCAACUGGGGGAGAAAUAUUUGCUAACGGGCACUACGCCAGCGACCGGAACGCAUACAUGCGUACGUUCAGCUACUGCCCGCAGUUCGGUGGCUUGGACGACUUCUUAACCGGCCGCCAGAACCUUGCUCUGCUGCUGACGCUGCGUGGCCUGCGGGAACAAGACGUUGCCACCGUCUCCAACUCUUGGAUCGAGGAAGUUGAUCUAUCCCGGCACGCCGACAAACGGCUAUCGUCGUACAGCGGCGGUUGCGCGCGCCGCCUAGCGGCAGCCGCGGCACUCUGCCAGGCGGUCCGCACCGCUUUACUGGACGAGCCCACCGCCGGCGUGGACCCGCUGGCUAGGAGACGCAUGCACCAGGCCCUGCUCAGAGCCAGGAGACACCACGAGCUUAUUAUCGCCUCCCACAGCCUGGACGAGAUGGAAGCGCUGUGCCACCGCAUCGCCAUCAUGUCUGGCGGCGAGCUGCGCGCGCUGGGCUCGGCCGCCGCGCUCAAAGCUGAGCACGCGCAGGGGUACUCCGUCGUGUUCAAGCUGAGCCACGCGCAGGACCUGGACGAGAUGGAAGCGCUGUGCCACCGCAUCGCCAUCAUGUCUGGCGGCGAGCUGCGCGCGCUGGUCUCGGCCGCCGCGCUUAAAGCUGAACACGCGCAGGGGUACUCCGUCGUGUUCAAGCUGAGCCACGCGCAGGACGUGACGGACGGCGUGUCCAAACUCGACGAGUUCAAGGGCGAGCUGAACACACGGUUCUCAUGCGAGCUGCAGGACCAGCACCAGAGUAUGCUGAGCUACCACGUAAAAGACUCGCUCCGCUACAGCGAGCUGUUUUCCCAACUCGAGAACCUUCGAGAACAGUUCCCUUCCAUAGUGGAAGACUACACGGUGACGGAAACUACGCUCGAAGAAGUUUUCCUCGCUCUGGCUAAAGAAGCACGCGCUGAGACUGUAUAG